GCGGGCCACAGUUUUAUGGAGCGCCCAUCUUGCUACAGCCAUGACGUAAAGGAACGCAACUUUGGUGCCAGUUUAGAGAGAGCUAGGUGGCACCUGGCUAAAUUUAGCUGCUGAAUAACAGGCUUCAAAAUGUUGCAGUUUUUGGUUGGGUUCACGUUGGGUAAUGUGGUCGGGAUGUAUCUUGCUCAGAACUACGACGUCCCCAAUAUUUCAAAGAAGAUUGAAGACUUCAAGAAAGACGUGGAAGCAAAGAAAAAACCCCCAGAGUGAUGGAAGAAGGAGAAAAUUAUUCCAAGCACUUAUACCAAGAUUUGAGAGGGAUGACAUGGUACAAUAAAGAAGGAUACCUUCAACAGUGUGCAGGAUAGUGUUUUUGCCUGUUUGGCCAUAUGAGUCUAUGCAGAAGCACAGCUUUCAUAGGAAAAAGUAACUAAAGAUGGAACACUGAGCGCUAAUCAGUAUCUGUGGACCAUUUGUUACAAGUCUGGCUGCGACUUUUGUAAGUGUUGUGUCAAAGAUGACUUUAUACAGCCUUCAAAUGUAGAAGUGAAUUCAAGGAAAGCUUAUAGAAAAUUGGUACAACAUUUUUCAUAUUUGUGGUUGCUUUUACUGGAGAGAAUGGAAAUUUGGUGAAAUAUAAAUUAGGUUAUUUUUAAUAUUUACUUUUGCAGAGUUAUAGAAGUUAUCAUACUGCCAAGGAGAGGUGCGAUGUUUAAAUUAAUUGCCAGAAUCUUAUUUUGAACCUCUUAUUUGGAAAAACCCCUGUCAGCUUUUUAAAUGUUAUUAGUUUAAUAAAGCAUUUUGAAUUCUU